CGGAAGUGGCGCCGGUGUUGUUGCUCACAGUGCAGCUGUCAUGUGAUAGCUCGUCCGUGGAGCUGCUGCGGACAGUGGCUACUUUGCCCUUACAUGAAGUCGAAAUAGACUCAAGAUAAGUUUUAUGUUUGUUCGUGAGGACAAAGGCGGUUGCUGUCUUUGUGAAAACGGGAAGCUGGAGUGGACCGGACGCUGCCAUGGGGUGUUGUUACAGCAGCGACAACGAGACAGCAGAUCAGGAUCCUGAACGCAAGCCGCUCAUCACCCACCCAAACCCUGUCAGCAAACCCCCAAAUGGCACAGACUGGAUUACUCCCACUCCGCCUUCGGCCCGAACAGAUGAACAGGCCCUGCUCACAUCCAUCCUCACCAAAACGGCACAGAACAUCAUCGAUGUGUCAGCGGCUGACUCCGUUAUGAUGGAGCAGCAUGAAUACAUGGAUAAAGCUCGGCAAUACAGUACAAAACUGGCUGUAGUGAGCAGCAGUAUUCCCCAGAAGAAAGCCCUCGCUCUCCCUUCACUCACUAGCCAGCCCCACCAAGUACUUGCCAGUGACCUGGUGCCAUACUCAGACGUUCAGCAGGUAUCCAAGAUAGCCGCGUAUGCUUACAGUGCAAUUUCUCAAAUCAAAGUGGAUGCAAAGGAAGAACUGGUGGUUCAAUUUGCUAUUCCUUGAUUCAACACCGGCCUGUAAAUUACUCCUCACAUCUGGUUUGUCUGUCACUGUCACCCCUGCAUCCUCACCCUUCCGCCCGUCCACCGAUGGAAUCAUUUUGUACUACUUAGCUUUGGCUCCAGCCUCAACAUUGCAAGGUUGGACCACAAUCACAGGUCAUUGAGUCGUUCUAACAUAUACAAACUGUUCAUUACUUACCCUGCUAGUUGUUCUUUGUCAUCACUAAUGGAAGGCAUGUUUAUUUUUGGAUACCCAGAUGACAAAUUGGGGAUUAUUUUUCCAACAUAAAUAAAACACUUCACUCCAGACAGAAUAGUAGAUAGCUUUUAUUAACCAUUUCAUCCUGAGGAUGUUCUGAUCAGUGAUAGUAGCCAUUUUGAGGAUGUAAACAGGCUGCCCUGCAGCGUAGUCUGACUCGGUUUCUAAUCCCGUAAUUUCACAAAUUCUGUGAAAUUGGGUCGUAUGUUUCAGAAGAGGGUGGGUCGAUGGGAGCUGCAGGGACAGAUGUGUAUUUUUUUGCCUUCUUUGUACAGUUUUUCUGACUAAUUCUAAAACAGAAGAUGAUUGUAGAAGGUGUUGUCAUCGGUCAAGAUUGGCUGCGAUACAUGGUGGUGACGACCUUUUUCAUGAAAACCAAGAACUCCCGAGGGGCUGUGUUUGUUGGCUUUCAAAGCUUUUUUCCAUUGCCAAGUUGUAAUAUGAUUGAUUUGUUGGUAUUAAUCGAAAAAAAAAACUAACCAUUGUAGCAGUGUGGGAGAGCGUUAACAAUCCGUGCAACUGAUGAAUUGAUCCAAGAUUAUUUAUUUUGUGUUUUUAAAGAUAGUGUCGCUCUUCAGAGAGCGCACAAAGACUGUAUGCAUGAGCAAGGAGCACAGCAAUGAUGCUCCUAAACCUCCAAAGGGAUCUUGUGCAGGGCUGGGAUUUAUUCUAAGCCACACAUUUGAGCUUUCAGCAUUGGGUUCUUAGCAUUUUUUUCCUGUUUUGUUUUGAGAUGUGUAAUAUUACCUGAAAUAUAUUUGUAAUAUCUUAGGCUAGUACCCCAAAAAAUUGUUUUUUUCCCCUGUUAAUUCAUUAAAAACUUCCAACAGCUA